AACCUUGCCCCAUAAACGUCCAACUUCAGCCCAAGUCGUUGCUGUUGCGUUCUUGACCCAAACAUCGGGCUGUUCUGACUGUUCUUCAACAGAAAGAAGCACAGGCCCGACCAAACCUCUCAACGACCACCAAAAGAGGCGGUUAAAACAACCAAAAAGGGACAAUACAAGAAAACGGGAAACAUCAAGUGCAAGAAACACACAAGCAAGCAGCACCGCCACCUUUUAGCCUUUACCAUUCGACGGCAGGCCCCGUUUCCGUUUCCGCUGUCCGUGUAGGUGAGAUAGCAUUCGUGACGCAAACCUCUUUACCGCUUGUUUAACGGCCUACCAUGAACCCAUGCGUCCCGUCCGUCUUGCUGGCAGCACACGUCCGUUCCCCCCUUAUUUCCAAAACAUUUGAUAAUGCACCGCCCGGUUCUUUCGAAGCGAAUGCUGCACCGCUCGGGAGAAGCGGCAUAUACGGAGUGCGAUACCUGGGAAAUUGUGGCAGAGCAGCAGCAGCAACUCUGCAGUUCUCAUUCGGGUGGCAGUCUUCCGUGGCAUCAGAACAGCAGCUAAGAUGUGGGGUGAUUAAACGGCGGAAAUACAUCACGACCCCCAAAAGGUCUAAAUUCUACCCAUCCCGUAGAUCUCCCCCUCUAGGCAGAAUGCACACUUCCCGUGAUGACGGACGCCACGGAUGCCACGCAAAAAGGGACCACAUGGACAUCGAGGCUCCAACCAAUGGGAAAUACGGCCAACCUUUUCCAUCAUUCAUCAUCCAUCAUCGGGCCGCGAGGAGCUCUUCUUCGCAUUCGCUUACACGACUCUGCAUCGAUGCAUGUCUGCUGGUCAGCUUUCCACUUCAACAACUCCGCAAAGAACAGAAUAGACAAUAUCGAAAGACGAAUCCCAAUAAGCAUAAUGACGAUAUCACUGCCUACGCGUCAAUAUGUCUUGUCCGUCACAUCCCCUAGCCUCACGUGAACCCAGCCACUUACACGCAACACAAACCUCGCCACCCGCUUUCUCCAAGGGUAUCAUCAUACUACUACCAUCUGAUAUUCUCCAACCCCCCCCCUCCCCCCAUGAUUCGUGAUCCCCCUCCC